UUUAUUUAAUGAUGGACUUGCUUUUUUUUUCCUUUUUCUUUUUUCUUCUUUUUUCCUUUUUGUUUUUUUUUUUCUACGGGUGUAUGCCACCAUAUCAUUGUAUCAUUUGUAUAUCAUCAUCAUCAUCAUAAAUAUCAUCAUCAUUAUUUUUACACAAAUAAGAUGUCUCCUUCUACUAUUGUUCAAAAAUUAGCAUCAGCCAACGAACAUGCUUGGUUGACUUUGGGCAACCUAGCAGAACUGAUGUCAGAUUGGGAAAAAGCCAUUCAAGCUUAUGAAUCUGCACUUCGGCACAAUCCUUAUAGUAUUCGUGCAUUGACUCAGAUUGCCUCUUUAUGUCGUGGUCGUGAACAAUUUAGUCAAGCAGUUGAUUAUUUUAAACGGAUACUGGCUAUCCAAGAAGCCAAUGGAGAAACGUGGGGUAGCCUUGGUCAUUGUUAUUUAAUGAUGGAUCAUUUACAAGAAGCCUAUCAUGCCUAUCAACAAGCAUUAUAUCAUCUUCCCAAUCCAAAAGAUCCAAAACUUUGGUAUGGUAUAGGGAUUCUAUAUGAUCGUUACGGUUCCAUUGAACACGCUGAAGAGGCAUUUUCUGCCGUUACCAAGAUGGAUCCUCAAUUUGAAAAAACAAAUGAAAUUUAUUUUAGGUUAGGCAUCAUCUACAAACAACAACAAAAAUAUGAUCUUAGUUUGCAGUGCUUUCAAUAUAUUUUAUCACGACCUCCAAAACCUUUGACAGAAGUAGACAUUUGGUUUCAGCAAGGACACGUAUACGAACAACAAAAGGAAUACGAAAGGGCGAAAGAAGCAUAUGAAAGGGUAUUAAAGGAGAAUCCGGAUCACUCCAAAGUAUUGCAGCAAUUAGGAUGGUUGUAUCAUCAACAAAAUACUAGCUUCACCAAUCAAACAAUGGCCAUCCAGUAUCUUACACGAUCAUUGAAGGCAGAUAGUCAAGAUGCGCAAUCAUGGUAUCUCCUAGGGCGAUGUUAUAUGACAGAACAAAAUUAUAGUAAAGCCUACGAGGCGUAUCAACAAGCGGUGUAUCGUGAUGCUCGAAAUCCUACUUUUUGGUGCUCCAUCGGAGUGUUGUAUUAUCAAAUCAAUCAGUAUCGUGAUGCUCUCGAUGCCUAUAGUCGCGCCAUCCGAUUAAAUCCUUACAUCAGCGAGGUCUGGUACGAUCUUGGUGCAUUGUAUGAAUCCUGUAAUAAUCAGAUCCAGGAUGCUUUGGAUGCUUAUCAACGUGCAAGUGAAUUGGACCCCAAGAAUCCUCAUAUUCGACAACAUUUGGAUUUACUUAAAAGAAAACAUGGUGUAUCAUCUGCAAUGACAACACCUAUUCCUCAAGAUGUCGACAAUCCAUACCAAUAUAACAAUAACACCGAUACCAACUCAUUCAAUCCAUCAUCAUCAUCAUCACAUCCUUCACCACCUCCAUUGUUACAACAACCACAUAGUUCACCUUUUCAACGACAUGAUCGACCAUUGGUGUCACCUCAUAGUGAAAAUCCUUCUCGUGAUUUACCCAUUCCGUCCAUUGCCCAUCCUAGUACCCCCAAUGAAGCGCAUCCAGUCAGUCACCCCAACAGCCGACCACCACCUUUACCAGCGCCACCAUCGUCUACACGUAUGACACCAACAUUAGCAGGGAUAGGUGGAGGGAAAGCACCAUUACCAUCGAUGGAUGAUCGCAUGAAUCCAAUCAAACAAGAAUAUCGAUCAUCACAACCAACUCUUCGAAGAACAUCCAUUUUGUUUGAUGAACAACCUCAAUCCAAUGUAUACAAACGACCAUCUCAUUCUCCUCCUACUCCUUCUAAUGAAAAAAAGAAACAGAAAUUAGCUUCCAUUCAAAUUUGAACAAUAAAAACCUAUAUAAAUAUUGAUCAAUACAAAAAAA